UGCGUGGGAUGUCAAGGCGAGCAUCACCACGUGUGACAGCCAGCCCAUCGACCACCCAGUUAGUCAAUCUGUUUGUCUGUCUGUCUUGGCCUCACCUCGCCCUCCACACCCACACAUAGCCAAGUCCUCUGAUUGAUGCAUAGCCAAGCCAAGCCAAGUUGGGCUGUUUCCGUGUGCAUGCCGUCUGUGUGUGGGUGUGUGUGGCAAGCACCCACCCUCCCACACUACUCGCUCUCAGACAGAAUCGAGGGGGCGGUGUAGUCUCUAUCUACUGCUGCGUCCGCUGUGUGUGUGUGUGUGCGUGUUGGCUGUCUGUCUGUCUGUGGCAGGGUGGCUGUGUGCGAGUGACGUGUGCGCGUAAUGAUGGCGGUUUGUUAGAGCGAGGCGGGUGAUAUGCAUACGGGUCUGUCUGAUGGCCGGUGUAGACACCACAGACAGACAAUGAUAUCUUAGAUGGGAUCCCUCACAGCCAUGGACGAGGGGGUGGGGCUGUGGUGCGAUGUGUGCGGCUCAGCGUGCUUGAUGGAGUGAACUAGUCAACAUGAAUCGAUGGACAGAUGGCAGACUGAUCAGACAAAGCCAAGUGCAAUGGGAAAGAGCGCCUCCUCGCAUCCGCGAGCUUAAAGGUUGAGCGGCGGGCGAUCUCUUCUUCUUUUUUGGCGGCUGUAGGGCUGCGCGGAGUGGCUGUGUGGUGCACCAAGUGCCGCCGAGAUGAUAUCGAUCAGCAGGCGAGUCGUCAUCUCCCGGCUGGCGGCGCUGAUCUGACCUCAUCUCACAAAGUGAGACUGGGAGAGGGACAGAAAAGGCAAUAGCGACGGCACUGCAUGUGUUCUCUGUGUGUGGCUGUGCCGUGGGUUGCGGGUGCCUGCUGUGACGGUCGCUGCCUGCCGGCUCAAGCUGCUGUGCGUUGAAUCCAGCAGCCGUGGCAGCUUUAUUGCCUCUUCCUCACGCUGAGUGAGAGCGGCGUCUGUCCAUCAACGGUCAGACCAGCCAUAGCAAUCCGGGUGUGAGGGAGAUCAUGCCGUCGUAUUGGUACUGGCGGCAUGUGGCUGAGGAUGGCGUGUGGCGCUGGUCCGUCAGACACGAGGUCAGCUGAAUGGAUGAUGACAGCACUCGUCGAGGCUCCUCGGAUGCAGUCGUUUCUCGGCUUGGUCUGUGUGCAGGUGAGGAUUGCUGUGGUUCCCGCUGCUCACGAGGGCUGGUCCUACCGACUCACUUACGAGAGCGGACAGCCGCCCACAAAACACGACAAACAGGUCGGUGGCAGAGACGACACACCUGGCUGCAUUCCCAUCCCCUGUGUGUGUGCCGUCAGCCAUGGCAUCGUCUGUCCCGCGAUGCACUCGUGUGCAUCUUCGGCUACCUGUACCCGUGGGAGCUCGAGCGGCUGGACGCCUCGCUGGGCGCCCCGCUGUUCCUCCUCGCCGCCGCCCACUACUCACACCUCUCUCUCGAUGCAUCCGAUGCCGAGGCCGCUCGCAUCUGGACGGCCAUGCGUCACCGUCACCAAGCAGGGGGACCUCCUUUUGUCUGAGAGGGAGAGAGGGCGGCCUUUAUCGCCGCUCUCCUCCAUGUGCACUGGCUCGGGGGCAGCGGGCGUGUGGCUGGCCGUCGUGGUGGGGUGCGUCGGUAUUCUUUAUGUGUGUGUGCGUGUGUUGUGUGUCUGGAUGGAUGAAUGGUCAGUGUACUGGCAGUUUCUUCAGUACCGUAGCGCAGGCACCCACUCACUGGUGUGUGUAGUUCGCUGGAUGGCUUUCCUUCGCAAAGGUCACAGGUAGGGAGAUUGACGCGGCAUUGGUUGCCUGUAGAUUCCGUGAGCACAGACAGACAGGCAGGAGAGAGAGAGGUGUGCACUACUUCACGGGCAAGUCUGUCUGCCCGUCUGCCCUCUCGUCUGUCUGCCUGGUGUGUGUGAGGCAGCUUGCUGUGCUGAACCGCACACAACGUGUCGUCUUUCUGUGGUCGACG